CCCACUUAGUAUAUAAGUGUCCCUCCAUCCUUCCCAGAGUAGCACUCUCACGGACUGCUGCAGCUAUGGAAAUAAAGCCUCUCUCGGUGUGUUUGGCUGUCUGUGCGGCACUCUUGGCAGUAUGUCAUGGUGUUUCUACAGGAAAGGAGUUCAUCACCACAUUUCUUCCUAACAGCAUGGGUUCCAAUCUCAAAGGUCAGACGCUCCAAUUGGUUCUGACUGCAAAGUGCACUGAAGCCAAUAUUGGCAUACAGGUAGCGUCAGUGAAUUUCAACAAACAGCUGAAACUCGCUGCAGGUGAAAGCCGCUGGGUUUCUCUGCCACGUGGAGCCGAACUGCAGAAGCAAUUUGACACUGCCAAAUCGGCGGUUCGAAUCUCAUCUAGUGCCGCGAUCUCUGUGGUCUCUUUCAAUCGUCGCUUUUCCACAGGAGAUGGCGCGGUGGUUUCCCCACUCGAAGAGCUGGGUACUGACUACUUUGUGUACACACCCAAACCAUACAGGGGCAUGGACAGUCUAUUUGCUAUUGUUAAUGGCAAUAGCGAGAACCGGAUCAGCAUCCUACCAAAAAACAAUGUGAAGCUAAAAGGCGGGAAAAGUUGGCAGUGUGGGAGGAGGGAGAACAUUAUCCUGGCACCCUACGCGUCCUACCUUGUACGAGGUCAAUCCACUUUGACAGGCACGCGGAUCCAGUCCCAGCAGCCUGUAGCUGUCUUAGCAGGCCACCAGUGUCUGUCGAUGGGUUAUACCUGCGAACACGUGUAUGAACAGCUCCCCGCUGUGGCAAAACUGGGUAAAGAAUACUUGGUACCCACGACCAGCAGCAGUAAGGCCAUAAACACUGCAGUGAUAGUAGCGGUUGAAGACAACACCGAGCUGACACUGCACACACAGAAACAGUUGAGUUCAAUAUUAAUCAUUGUAAUAUACUGUUGAAGCUACAGCCAAGGC